GUUUCAUUUAUUUUUAUGGGCAUCAGAACCCUGGUAUAUUUCUUAAAUAAUCAAUUUCUUUUAGCUUAUGACUAAUAUCGAUACUAUUUUUCAUUAUCACGACAUUUUCAGUAAUAAAUAUUUAAUAAGUAGAGUACAGUGACAUUUGUCAACUUGUUGUUUAGAACCUCCCUCUUUGUUUAUCAGUAGGUUACAAAUCAAAGACUGGUUGGGGUUGUCAUGAGUGAUACUCUGAAUUUUGUUGUCAAUUUAUUCAAAACAGUCGUAACAUAAUGAAGGCUCUCUUAGUUUUUAUUCCAAAUAUUAUUGUGAAACAGUUGCCUGGUUAUUUGAUUGGAUAUUUAAGAGAAGAUAGUACUGUUCGUGGAUCCAUUUAUGUACUUGGAACAGAUGUUGGUAAUAAAGCUCCCAAAUGUCGAACUAAUCAUAUUGUUGGAACCUAUUCCACAGGACAAAAUGAAAUUCCAUCAUAUGACAAGAACCAUCAUUCCGAAGUUUGGAUUUCAAUUAUCUGCUCUAACAAAAAGAUUUAUUUAGAUUCAUGCAUACUAAAUAAUGAAUCAGUAGAUGUAAAAGACUGCCUCUUAAUUGUUUAUGAUAGUCAUAGUCUGUUGCAGUCUGAACUUCUACUUUCGAAUCACAAAAAAUCUAAUGAAAUCAAUCAUUUCAAAAUUAUAGCCAGUGAUUUGCAAUCAAAUAAAGACUAUUCUACCGGAUAUGGUUUUAAUAUCUUUUCUACUAUCAUUGAUGUCGUUUUAAUGCUACUUAGCGUGAUCAAUUUUAUUAUUUCUAUAUGUUCUCAUGUCUUUAAAUAUUCCACAUUAGCAAUGAAUUUUAGAAAUUACUACCAAACCGUAUUGUGGAUCAAAAAUACUUACAGAAAAGUUAGAUUUAUAAAUUUAAAGGUUGGUAAUUCUUUGGUGUCUAUCUUGACCGAUAUGUUAUUAGGCUGGUUAUUGUUUUAUUUUAUAGCAAGAUGGAAAAACUCAGAUGAAAUGUUUGAUUCAAUUUCUAUGUGCACUGAGAAUGUCAUUUCUUCAAUCAGUCACAUUGUUAAAUGGCUUAUGGGAAGUCCUGCUGGUCUGAAACUAAAUCAGCCAUUAAGUAGUUUAUUUGGAUCCUUGGUUCUAUACUAUUUGGAUUUAUGGUGGUCAUUCUUAAGUACGGUUCGACCUGUUUUAGAAAUUUUCUUUCAGAUACUCAUUAGAAUUGGAUUUUUAGGACUGACAUUUCAGCUAGCAGUUUGUGCUGAUAUAUUUGCUAUCAUCUCUUUUCAUGUUUAUUGCAUAUAUGUUUAUGCCGCAAGGCUGUAUGAAAUUCAAGCAAAGGGAUUGUAUUCACUUUCAAGAUUAUUUUUGGGUAAAAAAAGAAAUCCUGAGCCUGGGAAAGUUGAUUCAUACCCAUAUACUACUGAGGAGCUCUUGAUUGGAACCAUAAGUUUUGCUGUUUUACUAUUCCUCUUACCUACCACACUUGUAUACUAUGUUGUUUUUACUGUGAUGCGAGUUGGAGUAAUGUUAAUUAGUGGUAUAUUAAAUAGAACAAUAUAUUUUAUUCAAACAUUACCAGUAUAUGUGUCAUUUUUAUGGUUCUUCUUGCCUGCAUACACAGCAACUACAAUGAAGCUUACUCCUUGCGAAAAGACUUCCACGUUAAAACAUGGAUGUUUGAUUGCCAAAGCAGCAACUUCAUCUUGGAUGGAUACUAUUAAGCUUUGUAAACCAGACAUACUGCCAGCUCCUACUCCUGUGAAAUUUGGAGAAACGACAUGGAAAAUUAUAGUUGGAAAACUUGUUUAGUAACUGUCAAAGAAUUUUCUUCCCAUUAAUGUAUAAUAUAUUUGCCUACAUUGUAUAUUAAACUACUGAAAUUAUUGUUUUGCUAUGUGUAUA